CGCUGCACGAUGACUUCGUGUUCCUCCCACUCUCCGGCUCCUAUCUUCCCAUAGACUCAGUGUUAUCGCGUUGCAGCACAAUAAACGCAACUGUUCCCAGUCGGCAGUGUUCGCUGUCAGUCCGUGUGGCUGGCAGGAGGAAGCUUCUAGACGACCAGACGAGACGACGUUGAACGGAUAACGCGCAAUGAUGGCGAACCACCAGACGGACGAUCAGGACGGAUUGGACCACCUGAUCGACAAGGUGGCCAAAAAUCUGGGCAAUGGAUUCGACGAUGUUCGUUACGAUCUUUUGUCGCCGGACGACUCGUUCUACAUAUCGAGUAUGUUAUUUGUGAACAUCAUCGCGAACUCGACGAACGAGGACACGGACAAGAGGACCGUUAGCAUCGUGGUGAAGAAGCCAUCACAGUCGGCUGCCCUACGGGAGAUGAUGAGGUGCGACGCUCAGUUCCACAACGAGAUAUUGUUUUACGAGAGAUUCGCGAAAGAACACGAGGAUCUGCCUAUAUGCUACUACGCGGAGGAAAGACCGCCAGCGAAGACUGUUAUUGUGCUGGAGAACAUCGGGGAAAGAGAAUUCCAGCUGUGCUCUUGGAGGUACAACGUCCCCAUGGAGUACACACUAGCCGCGAUCCGUGAGAUCGCGCUGUUCCACGCGAAGGGCUACACGAUGAAGGAGCACAGCAGGGCCGAAUUCUUCGACAUCGUGGAGAACCUAUCAGAGACACGGUAUGAUGGGAACCCGGAGAACAUGUUACGGCAUGUAAUGAACAGAACCUCGACCAGAAGUAUCGAGUAUCUCCGUAAUCGCGGUCACGACAGGGAAUUCUGCGACCGAAUGGACGCUUACCUGGGCGAUUCGUACGAGAAUAUCGUCUUGCCGAUCUGCAAGCCCGAGGAACCGCUCGCCACGCUGUGCCACGGCGAUUUCACCUUGAACAACACGUUCUUCAAACGAACGAACGGUGAAGUGAAAGCGAUGUUCAUCGAUUUCGCGAUGAUCAGAUACGGUCCGCCGGUGAUCGACCUGUCCACCUAUCUGUGUCUGCACUGCGCGGAGGAACUCGACAAGGACAUGUUAGACGGUGUAUUAAAAGUGUACAACGACACGUUGGUGGGCCGUUUGGCGGAGAACGGUGUCGAGGAACUGGAAAGGUUCUCGUACGAGACUAUGCGAGAAGAUUAUAGGAAAAAGGGCCUGGUUGGUUUUGCGAUCGCAUCGUUCUUCUUGGCUAUAGUGAUGGGAAAAUCCGAACAUUCGCCCGAAGAUAUGGCGCAGAUAAGCACGGAAGAAGUGGCGAUCGCGUUGCGGGAGUUGGGCGGGGAUGAAAUAUCGGAAAUCUUGGCGAACAUGCUGUUGAAACUGAAGGAUUUUGGAUGCUUGGACCAUGUCGUUUAA